AUGCCUUUCGACGAAAACGGAGUCAAAUGGUCUUGUGAGCCAUGCAUUCGCGGUCACCGUUCGUCCAAAUGCGCCCAUUAUGAUCGUCUUAUGGUGAGCGUCGGAAAAGCCGGGCGCCCGCUGUCUAAGUGUCCCCAUGUCGAAGGCAGUUGCAACUGUAAGAAGUUGGGUGCUUUUAUGGUUGCUAUUCCGAAGGGUUCCACCUGUCUUUGUCGGCCGGUCUAUAAGAUGAUACUUGGAGAAAACGGGCCCACCCCAGCUCCCCUAGAUAUGAAUGCUGCUCCUAGUGCCAGUGCUACCAGUGCUAGUAGCGCUAGCCCUAGUCCAAGCAAGAUCCAAAAGUCCAGCAAGAAACACGUGAAAACAGCCCCAGAACAGGUAUCAAGAGCUCUUCAUUCUAUACCAGAAUAUCAUCAACACGCCCUUCAGUAUGGGACUUCGCCAGUGGUGAAUCCAUAUGGAUCACAGGCCCAGGCACCCUGUUACCCAUACAAUGCUACUGGGAACUUCUCGCAACCAGACACCUUCCCGAUAUCGGAUAAUCUCUCAAGCGGCUUAGGACUCUCUAGUGAUGGAUUCACUACCGCCGCGUCACAGUCGAACAUGUUCCAGCAAUCCGUGCAGCCCAAGGAAUCUAUGUCGACUCAUACGCCAGGCUCCUGCUGUUCGAGUUCUCGAACUGAAAGUUCAAACGGUAUCAAGGCAGAGCCAAACAUCGCUGUGCCGAAUGCGUAUGCUGUCACUUCUAUGGCUCCCUCGCCUGUGGCUGAGGCCUCGUCGACCUGGCAUAAUUUCUCAAAUCUCGAUAGACAUUUUUCCCCUGUGGAAACUACAACCAACGGUGUUCAACCUGCCUUGUCCGGAUUCGCUCCUCAUGUUUCACCCAUAAAUCCAACCAGCAUCGGUUUCGAGCAAGUUCAUCCGGCACAGCCUGAUUCUGAGGCUUCCGAUCUUGUUUCCCCCAGUUUACCAACGCACACUUUAACAAACCACACCAGUGGUAUCCCCCAUAGCUGCAGUUGUGGCCCUCAAUGCAGUUGCUUGGCUUGCCCGGACCAUCCGUAUAACGACGUUACCGUGCAACAUAUUCAAGAGGUGGGACGCAUCAUUGCUCAGGAUUCGCAAGCCUUCGGGAACGGGAACGAGUUCGAUCAGCAGAACUCUCAUGCCAACGUACUUCAAUAUAGCGCGCCGCAAAUGGACCAGACGUUAGCUGAAGUCGAGACUAACUCUGAGAAUGUGCCAGUCGAGUCUUGUUGUGGCACCGGUAAUACUCCUUUGGAUAAUGGCCAUGACGCUCAGGGUAUUGAGUCCUUUACUGCAGACCACCUCAUGGUUCCUGAUGCUUAUUACACCUAUGAGUAUCAGGUUGGCCUGCCUGGCGCCUGUGCCGGUGAGGCCGGUAAUUGCCAAUGUGGUCCCAGCUGUAGCUGCCUUGGCUGUUUAACACACGGCAAUCUGUGA